AUGGCCUCGAGUUUGAUUAACGCAUGUGAGGAUUUGUUCGGAUCGGCGGAGAUCGAACAAGGUGCGGUUUUUGGAAACGUUGCUGCAGAACAGUGGACGGAAGCCGAGUACGCUGAUUUGGUCCUCCAGCUUCGAGCCAUUUUGCCGGCGGAGGACGACAAAAAAGCCGACGUCCGGCUUAAGAAAAUAAAUUGGUCUUGCGUCGCUGUCGGCAACCACACGGCCGAAGAAGCGGAGGUGGCGACAAAGUUGUUGCUACACAAAAUUGAUAAGCAUCGGACCCUGGACGAAAUGCUCUGCAUUGUGCAGAAGAAAGGGAUUCAGGCGUGUUUGGCAGAGAAGCCGAAACAUCCACCAAAUGAAUACAACCUUUUCAUAAAAGCAAACCUCCGGAUGCUAAAAUCGCAGCAUCCGGAACUAACUUGGGCCGAGCUGCUUCGGAAAGCGGGCAAAAAGUACAAGCUGCUUUCCGCAGAGAGCAAAGCAGUCUACAAACAGCUCGCAACCUGGGCGAAAGUAGACUACAAUGAACAGAUGAAACAAUAUUCCUUCCAUAACCCAGCAGCAGAAACCCAACAUUUAUCACAAAAGAAAGCAAACCGCACCAUUACUCCCUACAUGGACAUCGGGAGUAGUACUGCCGAGCUGCUUCGGAAAGCGGGCAAAAAGUACAAGCUGCUUUCCGCAGAGAGCAAAGCAGUCUACAAACAGCUCGCAACCUGGGCGAAAGUAGACUAUAAUGAACAGAUGAAACAAUAUUCGUAA